AUGUUGAGCCACAGUUGUCAUAAAUACGGAAAGUUGAGGUUGUGUGAUUUUGCUGUGGAUGGAAAAAGCUCCUCCAAUCAUGACAUCUCCCUCCUCAGACAGCAGAGGGAACUCUGGACUCCCCAGGAGAUCUUACAGCUUAUGAAAAAGAUUCAGUUCAAAACAAAGGAAGGGGAGGAGGUUUACUUUAAUGAGAAUGGAGACCCAUCAGCAAAGUAUGAAAUUAUAAACUGGCAGCCAACAGAAAAGGGCAUUGUGGACUUUGUCACAGUUGGUCUUCAUGAUGCAUCUUUACCUGCAGACAAACAGCUGAAUCUGCAAAAUAAGUCUUUGAUUUGGGCACAGAACUCCCAACAGGUGCCUUUGUCAGUUUGCAGUGAGAAGUGUCCUGCAGGAAGUCGCAAGGUUCUCCAGAAAGGAAAGCCAGUCUGCUGCUAUGACUGUUUAAGAUGUGCAGAGGGAGAAAUAAGCAACAUUACAGAUUCUAUUACCUGUGUGCGAUGCUACCCUGAGUUCUGGUCAAAUGAGAGAAGAGAUGCCUGUGUGAAGAAGAAGGCAGAGUUUCUAUCUUAUGAAGAGAUUAUGGGAGCACUGCUCACUGCAGCAUCCUUAUUUGGAACAUGCAUCACUAAUGUUGUGGCACUCAUUUUCUUCAGAUACAGAAAAACUCCUAUUGUCAGGGCCAACAACUCUGAUCUGAGCUUCCUGCUGCUCUUCUCCUUGACUCUGUGUUUCCUGUGUUCUCUGAUCUUCAUAGGCCGGCCCACUGAGUGGUCCUGCAUGCUGCGACACACAGCAUUCGGCAUCACCUUUGUCCUCUGUAUCUCUUGUGUUCUGGGGAAAACUAUAGUGGUGCUCAUGGCCUUCAGGGCCACACUUCCAAGUAGUAAUGUGAUGAAAUGGUUUGGGCCUGCACAGCAGAGACUCAGUGUUCUGUGUUUCACUCUCAUACAAGUUAUUAUAUGUGUCCUCUGGUUAACAAUUUCUCCUCCUUUUCCAUUUAAGAAUUUUAAGGAAUUCAAGGACAAAAUCAUCUUAGAGUGUGCUCUGGGUUCAGCUGUAGGCUUUUGGGCUGUACUUGGAUACAUUGGACUUCUAGCCUUGUUUUGUUUUAUUCUUGCUUUUCUUGCCCGUAAACUGCCUGAUAAUUUCAAUGAAGCCAAAUUUAUCACCUUUAGCAUGCUGAUAUUUUGUACAGUCUGGCUCACUUUUAUCCCAGCGUAUAUCAGCUCUCCUGGGAAGUUCAGUGUUGCUGUUGAAAUAUUUGCUAUUCUGGCCUCUAGUUUUGGACUGCUGUUUUGUAUUUUUAUUCCGAAAUGUUAUAUUAUCCUACUGAAACCUGAGAAGAAUACAAAAAAGAAUAUGAUGGGGAAGGGGGCACUAAAGUAA